AUGUCCAAAGUGAACAGAAGAAAGGAAAUCAAGGAAAAGGAGGCGUUUCAACUCCGAUUCCAACUAGCACUCAACGAGUCCAACAACACAGUCGCCAAUUGGCUACCGAAGCAGAAUGAAGAAACAGAGAAACCAUCAGGGGAUGAUUUUCUAAAUCUCCCGAUUCUCACAAACGGCCUGGGGCUCUACGAGCUAGAAGAGGAUGACGAGGCGCAAAAGACAAUAUCCGAUUUCGUCAACCCGGAGAAAGACCCACAAAAGGUGAAAGUACAAGAGAAUCGCCAGAACCAGGCAGGCACCAAAGCCAUGACCGCCUUGAUCAACAAGAUGAGAAACGACAGUCGUGGGCGGGCCAAUAACAAAGACGGACAAGGCCCCAAGAAAAAAGAAACGCAGAAGCAGAAGCAGAAGCCUGUGAAGGUGGAGGUCGAACUGGACAGUGACGAGGAGGAGAGAAAGAUCAGUGCACAAAGAAGCACGAAAAAGGCCACCAAAGUGUCCAAGCGUCCCUUCUGA